AGGAGUACUAGGACGAGGAUGCUCUGCGACAAGGCGUAGAACGUAUGUUUAACCGACGCGGCGGUGGCCAAAUCAGGAAAUAUUUAGGUUCCGCGUUUACGAGAGGACGUCCGUCAAGUCGACGUUGACAACGACAUUUUUGAAUUGACCAGACCUAAACCGGCCAUUUCACCAACGUAGCCCUUAUCUUCGGAUGUUCGACUCCCUCUAACCAGGCGCCCGUGCCUGCCACAUGUGCUUGCGUCAAAAUGAUAAAAGCUGGGUCAACCCGAGCCCAAUCCUUCCUUGGUCUCUCCUGGACGCUGACCAGCACUCGGAAAUCUCUGUCUUCGGUUAUCCAGGCACAGCGUCACUAUGUCGCGUGCUUCUACGUCUUCAGUGACCAAAGAACAGCUGUCGCCUGUUGCCAAUCCCAACCCACACUCUGUAUUCAGUGUCGUACGACAGAAAGUAACUACGAAGCAUGGCUGGCUUGGUGACUAUGAUUAUCGAUGGCUCUGUCUGCCAUCUCUUCCUACAGCUAGAUGCAAACAACCGCCAUUUUAUGGUAUCGACGACGAGCUCCCGCUCGUGCUGGCUAUGACAAGCGGGUUGCAGCACGCACUCGCGAUGCUUGCAGGUCUCAUUGCACCACCCAUCAUUUUUGCCAGCUCCUUGAUGCUGGACCCUGCCACAUCAUCCUACAUGAUAUCAGCUUCACUCAUCGGAUCUGGCAUUCUAAGUUUAGUCCAAUUGUCACGCAUGAAGUUGUGGGGGGGCUAUUAUCUUGGUACUGGGCUUUUGUCCGUGGUCGGGACAAGUUUUGCUACGCUCAGCACAGCAAAUGCCAUUUUCAACAUGAUGUACGCCAACGGUACAUGUCCUUCGACGACUGCUGCGGAUGGCACUAUCACGCGAAGCCCAUGCCCAGAUGCUUAUGGGAUGCUACUUGGCACCUCCCUUAUCUGCGCAUUUUUAGAGAUCGGAUUGUCAUUUCUUCCCCCGCGGGUUUUGCAACGAAUUUUUCCUCCCAUGAUCACUGGCACCGUUAUCCUCAUGAUCGGGGCAUCUCUCGUCGGGUCUUCUGGCAUCCUUGACUGGGGUGGUGGUUCGAAUGGCUGUCAAGCGCGCCCAACUAGCGGGAUCUAUCAGCUAUGUCCAACAGUUGGGUCUCCCCAUGCUUUACCAUGGGGCUCUCCUCAGUUCAUAGGUCUCGGAUUCCUCUCUUUCGUGAGCAUAAUCCUCACAGAACUCUUCGGCUCUCCAUUCCUCAAGAAUGCGAGUAUCAUCGUUGGGCUUGCGGUGGGAUGCAUCGUUGCUGGCGCAGCCGGGUACAUCGACGGGAGCACUAUCACAAGUGCACCUGCAAUCACAUUCUUAUGGGUAUAUCGAUUCAAGAUUAAUGUGUACCCACCAGCUAUUUUGCCAAUGCUGGCAGUUUACGUGUCAACGACAAUGGAAGCUAUUGGCGACAUAACUGCUUCUGCGGAAGUAUCCCAUAUCCCUGUCGAGGGAAAGGAUUUUGAUUCAAGAAUACAGGGCGGUGUUCUGAGCGAUGGGAUAGGAGGAUUUCUUUCUGCCUUGUUUACUGUCACUCCUCUAUCGGUAUUUGCUCAGAAUAACGGUGUCAUUUCUGUCACUCGAUGUGCAAACCGCACAGCAGGAAGAUGGUGUUGUGCCUUCCUCAUUAUCUUCGGUUGCCUCGGAAAGAUCUCGGGGUUCUUCCUCGCAAUACCCAACCCCGUCUUGGGCGGUGUGACGACGUUCCUCUUCGCGAGCGUCGCCGUCUCGGGCCUCCGCGUUCUUUCCUACGUCAAGUACACGCGGCGCGACAGAUUCAUCCUCGCUGCAGCACUGUCGUUCGGCAUUGGGGACCUUCUCGUGCCCGACAUCUUCACUUAUCUAUUUGAUGGUGUGAAUAACCCAAGUAAAGGCCUUCAAGGGUUGUUUGAGAGCAUCACGAUUGUGUUAAGCACGCCCUUUUUGGUAUCCGGCAUCGUUGCCUUGGUGCUGAACCUGAUACUCCCGCAGGAUAUGUUACCGCAGGACGAAGAUAAGGGGGAGGUGGAAGUUGCACGGGAUUUAGAAAUUCAGGCGGUAGAACAGGAGCGAACGAUGUGAUUCGUACGGCGCACGCCAGUCUCAACGUGGAUACAUUUGCACUUGGUGGUUGAACAUUUAAUCUCAUGUGUGUUCCGUGAGCUAGAAGGUCAUGAUAUCAUCGAAUUGAUUGCUUAUCGAAAAUUUUAC